AUGGCUGGCACAACAACAAAGCCCGGCGCAACGCCAGAGGCAGACCACGCGCACACCUUCUUGCCCUUCCGCAAGCCUUCGGGCGGCGUCGUGAGCAUCGUACAGGCGCUUUCGUCGCUCCUGUUCAAGUUGGCCGUCUUCGUAUUCUUGCGCUGGAUCCCCACCUCGCUCGCGCACCCCGUCAUCCCUGCGCUCUAUGUGAUCUACCUGCUCACUUCCAUCUACCGUGACUAUGCCAUCCGCAACGCCAUCUCCAUCCACAAGGCCUCUCGCGCGACGGCGGCGCGCAAUCUCCAGCAGCUUGCAGAGAAGGUCGAGGUGACCCAAGCAAAGAUCCAGGACAAACCCUCGGCAAAGCCCGUCGAGAACAAGCCUGCCGAUCAGAACGGAGCUUCCGCCAAGGCCGAAACCUCCACUGCUUCGUAUGCCGACGUCGCCAAGGGCGCAAAGCCCGCUCCAGCGACCACGGCCUCGGCAGCCUCUCACGACAACACUGCCGACACUCAGGCACACAACGCAUCUGCGUUUGAGCUCGUCAAGGCCCUUGUAUUUGGAUCCUCGACGCGAUCUUCUCGCAUCAACUUUUACAUCAUCCUGGCGCACACGCUCGCCUUUGCACUCUUUGUCGACAGCUUUCUCUCGCCCUACCUGUUUCCCUCGCAUUGGGACUACAACCUCGCAUUUGCCCGCACCGGUGCGCUCGGUCCUACGUACGCCAAGGUCCACAUCCGCUACCCGCCUCCCGAGCUCUUGAGCGCACCCAACGCUUCGGCUGCGCUCGCCCCCAACCUCGCCAACUCGUUCGACAGUCUCGCCAUCGACGCUGCGUCCAAUAGCGUUGCUUCGGAGCCACAGCCCAUCGAGCUGCUCGUCAAGUACAGGCGCGCGCUCAACCUCACCGAGCAAGACGAUUCGUUCCGCAAGCCUUCGCGCGCGUACGGCCACAACUACCUCGCGAGCCACGAGAGCCUCUGGCUCAACGGCCCACUCAUCACGCUGCGCCCCGAGAACGACUGGACCGCCACGGCCGUCAUCGACGAUCUAUGGCCAUCCACCACGUACGAGUGGGGCCUCUCGCAGUUUCAGCCCGAGCACGUCGACCACUCGGACGAGGUGCGUGUGAUCGAAAAGUUUGUGGCCAACGACGCCAUCAGCCGCCGCAACUACUUCACCACCUGGCCCGACCCGCGCCUCAGCUCGUAUAUGCAGUCCAAGAGCCUCGGUCCGCGUCGAGGUGGAGCUGGCGACAGCGUCGAUGAGCCGCGGGAGGAGACCAACCCACUCGAAGACCCGAACCACUUCACCUUUGCCUCGACGUCGUGCGUCAAGCCCGACUUCCCCUACCACCCGGCGCAGUUCUGGGGGUGGAACUGGCUCCUCCGACUCGUGGGCAUCGGCACCGAGGCGGGUGGCAUCACAGAGCGCAACCGCAUCCCCGGCUUUGACCUGCUGUACAAGCGCACCGUGUCCGGUCGCGCCAACCACCCUUCGAUCCGCUUCCUGCUGCAGCUGGGCGACCUCAUCUACGCCGACGUGCCGCACUACGGCGGUGCCGAGACGGGAGCGUAUCGCAAGCUGUACCGCAACCUGUUUGCGUCCGAGAGCUUCCGACGCUUCUUCAAGCACGUGCCCGUGAUCGGCAUCUACGACGACCACGAGGUGGUGAACAACUGGUCUGGGCGGGACGAGAACGACGAGCAGAUCGCUGCGUAUCCGGCGGCCAACACGGCGUGGAAGGAGUACAUUGGCGAUGUGAAUCCGGAGCCUCUGGAGGAGGGCGAGAACUACUACACCUUCCAGUACGGCGAGUCGGCAGCGUUCUUUGUGCUCGACACGCGCCGCCACCGCACGCACCACACUGCGCACGACGACGCGGACAAGACCAUGCUGGGCUACCGCCAGAAGCAGGAGCUGUACGCGUGGCUGGGCGCGGUCAACGAGACGGUGACGUUCAAGUUUGUGGUGAGCUCGGUGCCGUUCAACACGCUGUGGGGCGGCGAGCUGGAUGUGGACGGGCAGAAGGACAGCUGGGCGGCGUACAACACGGAGCGGCUCGAGAUCGCCGAGGUGCUGCGCUACGUACCCAACGUGAUUGUGCUCAGCGGUGACCGCCACGAGUUUGCGGCGGUGAGCGUGCUGGACACCAUCACCGAGUUCAGCACGAGCCCGCUCAGCAUGUUCUACCUGCCCGUGCGCACGUUAUCGCAGGAGCACGGCGACGGCAAGACGGGCGUGGACAAGCUGCUCAAGUACCUGCCGGACGGCAACUACAAGUGGAGCGAGUUCGAGGUGGAUGCGCGCGAUCCGUACAAGCCCGUGGUGCGCGUGUCGGUGCAGAUCGACGGCAAGGAGGAGUGGCGGACGACGUACGUGGGCAAGUCGCUGCGCAAGACACAGGGAGGCAUCGGCGGCCUGGUCCGCAACCUGCUCGAGUCGCUCGGCUUCCGCUUCGACCUGUUCUACAAGACGACCUAG